AUGGCCGAGGGCAGGGCGAGCGGCGCCGCCGGCCUCUUCGCCAAGCAGGUGCAGAAGAAGUUCAGCAGGGCCCAGGAGAAGGUACUGCAGAAGUUGGGGAAAACUGUGGAAACCAAAGAUGAACGGUUUGAACAAAAUGCCAAUAACUUCUACCAACAACAGGCGGAAGGCCACAAGCUAUACAAGGACCUGAAGAACUUCCUCAGUGCAGUCAAAGUGAUGCAUGAAAGUUCAAAGAGAGUGUCAGAAACCCUGCAGGAGAUCUACAGCAGCAAGUGGGAUGGUCAUGAGGAGCUGAAGGCCAUCGUAGCGAAUAAUGAUCUCCUUUGGGAAGACUAUGAAGAGAAACUAGCUGACCAGGCUUUAAGGACCAUGGAAAACUAUGUAGCCCAAUUCAGCGAGAUUAAGGAAAGAAUUGCCAAACGGGGCCGGAAACUCGUGGACUAUGACAGUGCCCGACACCACCUGGAGGCAGUACAGAAUGCCAAGAAGAAAGAUGAGGCCAAGACUGCCAAGGCAGAGGAAGAGUUCAACAAAGCCCAGGUUGUAUUUGAAGAUCUGAACCAGGAACUACUAGAGGAGCUGCCUGUUCUUUAUAAUAGUCGUAUUGGCUGUUAUGUGACCAUCUUCCAAAACAUUUCCAACUUGAGAGACGUCUUCUACAGGGAAAUGAGCAAGCUGAACCACAACCUGUACGAGGUGAUGAGCAAACUGGAGAAGCAACAUUCCGACAAAGUCUUUGUGGUGAAGGGACUCUCAAGCAGCAGCAGACGCUCUCUAGUCAUCUCUCCCCCAGUUCGAACAUCUACAGUCUCCAGCCCUCUUACCUCACCUACCAGUCCCUCUGCGCUUUCCUUGAAGAGUGAGAAGGACUCCACCUCAGCAAGUGAGGAAGAGCUGGCAUCUGAUCCAGCCCAGGGAGAAGACAACUCCGAGAUUAAAAAAGAGCCCUUAACAGACAAGGAAAUAGAGGAGGAGGCUGAAGCAAGCUCCUCUGAGGAGGAAGAGCCUCUGCUAGCUUUCAACGGCCCCUCCCAGCCCCAGCCCUCACCCACCGCUGAGGGUGGAGAGUCCCAGGAGGAAAUUCUCCCUUGCUCCCCAGCUCCAUCACCAGGCAGAGCUCUGAUCCCUUCAGAGCAGGCCGCACCUUUCCCAGAAGUAGUCCUCCGAACCCGCACCUCAAGCGAAGGAUCUGAACAGCCAAAGAGAGCCUCUGUGCAGAGGGCCUCAGCACCGCCCGGUAGGCCUCCUCCACCCAGAGCCACUCCCAGCCCCAGGUCCUCCUUAGGGAACAUGCCCUCCAGCCCUCCAGCCUCUGAACCGAGUUCACCCACCAGCCCUAGGGCCUCCUUGGGGGCUGAGACUCCAAGUCCUAGGGCCUCCUUAGAGGCCUCUCCUGAUCCACAGCCACCAGAGAAGCCGGCAAGAACUCCUGAGGUCGGAGAGAAGGAAAACACCGAUAAUCUGAACCCAGAAGAGCUUCGUACUGCCCCAGCCUUGAUGAUCUGUCAGAACCAAGGUCCUCAGCUUCAUGUCUCUGCAGUUCCAGAAGAGAGCAGCGUCAUAGCACCCGAGCCUCAAGAAGAGGUGUCUACCAUUCAAAAUGCACAACUCUGAAGAGGAACUGCCAAGACCUCCCCACACACACCUCCCCAGAAAGGCCCCUCAGCUAGAGGAUAUAAGUCAGAGGGACUUAAGAUCCGGCAUUCAUUUGUGGUUUCUCAAACUAUGAAUGCUGGCGGUCUCUAAAGACCUAGCAUAAUGGAAGCUGAGGAGCAGACUUAGGGGAGGCAGGGAGGCAGUCUUGGGAGAAGAGACUGUUAGACUUGGAAUAUUUAACUCAGGUUUUAGCAUUGUUAGAAUAAUAAGACUUUAUAUACUAAUGAAGUGGGGCUAAAAUGACUAUAAAAAGCAAAAGCAUCUGUAGACAUAGACAUUUGUCCACCCACAGGCAUAUAACCACACAUACUCAGAGAAUAGUGAACAGAUCUUUUUUUUUUUUUUUUUUGCGGUACGCGGGCCUCUCACUGUUGUAGCCUCUCCCGUUGCGGAGCACAGGCUCCGGACGCGCAGGCUCAGCGGCCAUGGCUCACUGGCCCAGCCGCUCCGCGGCAUGUGGGAUCUUCCCGAACUGGGGCACGAACCCGUGUCCCCUGCAUCGGCAGGCGGACUCUCAACCACUGCGCCAUCAGGGAAGCCCGUGAACAGAUCUUUGAUUUACCACUCAUUUUGCAAGACUUAAAACCAA